AUGGCAGAGCGCACAGACAACUUGCUCGAUCGUCUGUUCCCCCUUCCCUCAGCCGCCCCUUCACCGCUCUGUCCAGGACGGUUUCCGGGCAUCACACAUGCAUCCAAAGUCGCUGUGACCGAGGUUUUGAAGGCGAACCAUUUGGAGCGACACUCCUUCACCAACGAACAUGGGUUUCAUAACCAUGCAUCUCACCACUUACUGGCCGCGUUUGCCUUGGGUGCACCUGCGCGUGUCUUCAAUGCCAUCUAUGAGGUCCAAAUGGGGAGGACACGUCCGGCAUCGAAUAUCUCGAAGAGCAUUACAAGGGAGACUUUCUGGGAUCACAUUGGAGACAGAACCUUCUACGAGGGAUACCUGCUGUACUUCAGCGACGUCGUCCUCAAGGACGGAGCCGCUUCGGCUAUUGAGGAGUACAUAUUCGCCAAGUCAGCCAACUUUCAUGACACGGCCAAAGUUCCAAGGAGGAUGAUGAACAGGCACUUUGCGAUGCUGUACCACCCCAUGAUCUAUCUUGCAUAUGGGCUGGAGUUUGGCAUUCCUGGACUUGUCGCGGAGGGAUACUUCCCAGAGCUCACGAGUGGCGAACGCCCAUCCCUGGACGGCAUCGAGUUGCUCGAUGGGACGCUCUUCUUACGAGUGGCUGGUCUCACUGCGGAGCGAGUGGCAGCGGCCGGAGAGGAUCGAUCGCUGUUCUGGGACGUUCGGGGCUUCUUUGUAUGA